AUGCACGCUGAAUCUGAUAGUAUUUACCCUGAUCCUGGAUUCUGGACAAAAACCUCAAUAAUUCAGUUAUGCUACGGGAUAUUAGUAAACCUAACUGUGGUGACAAUUGGUCUGGCGUUUGGCUUCUCAGCUGUGCUGCUACCGCAACUUUCGGUAACUGAGCCCAAAAUUCCAACUUCAAUAUUCGAAGAAUCGUGGAUUGUAAGCGUUUUAGCCUUAGCGACUCCGUUUGGAUGUUUGUUUAGCGGGUACUUGUUGGAUAACUUCGGACGGCGUACAAUGCUAAUUCUAUGCGAGUUACCUAUAGCCAUUGGUUGGAUUUUGACAGGCUUUGCUAGCACUGCCAGGGAUAUCAUUAUAGGCUUUACCUUUCCGGAGACUCCGUAUUUUAUUCUUAUGAAAGACACUCCGGAGAAGGCCAAAGAGAAUUUAAAGAAGUUCAGAUCAGCCAAGUACAACAUUGACGCAGAAAUGGAACAGCUGAUAGACUACAAGGCCGAUAACGAUAUUCGUAGAUCUUCAAAUGAACCCAAAAACGAACUGAGUUGGUUGGAACUGAGUUGGCUACCUUGCAGAUUUCAGAUUAGAGGUCUUCUUGGAAGUAUAACAAUUUCCAUUACAAACAUUACAAUUUUUGGUGUUAAUCAAUGUUUCCUAUAUGUUCAAAAUGCACUUGGUUUCGCCAACACAAUAUUAGCUUUUGGUGCAUCUUCCUUUUUAGGCUGUAUCUACAUUUACUUCUUUUUGCCAGAAACAAAAGAUUUGACUUUACAAGAAAUCGAGGAAUUCUACAAUGAGAGGCGAGCUACUCUAACAUCACAACGUCGUAUCGUUUCUAUGCAUGCUCUGUCUAAACAAGCUAGUUUAGCAAGUAGAUCAUUAAUGAAAGUGACUUAA